AUUUUCUUGCCUGAGGUGAAUGGUAGACAUAUUUAAAUUUAAUUGAACAGUGAACUUCAAUUCUUUCGAGCUCCAUAGUGAAACAAGUCUAUGCAACUGAUCACUUACUGAAAAUCUUCUGAUCUAUUCCAAAGUUAACCACGACCGUCAAAAUGUUUUGUGGAGACUAUGUGCAAGGAACCAUCUUCCCAGCUCCCAAUUUCAAUCCCAUAAUGGAUGCCCAAAUGCUAGGGGGAGCACUCCAAGGAUUUGGAUGUGACAAAGACAUGCUCAUCGACAUUCUAACUCAACGCUGUAACACACAAAGGCUGAUGAUUGCAGAGGCAUACCAGAGCAUGUACGGCCAGGACCUGAUUGGUGACCUGAAGGAGAAGCUUUCAGAUCACUUCAAAGAUGUCAUGGUUGGCCUCAUGUACCCACCGCCAUCUUAUGAUGCUCAUGAACUCUGGCAUGCCAUGAAGGGUGCAGGCACUGAAGAGAAUUGCCUCAUUGAUAUAUUUGCUUCAAGAACAAAUGCAGAAAUUUUCCAGAUGCGAGAAGCCUACUGUUUGCAAUACAGCAGCAACCUUCAAGAGGACAUUUAUUCAGAGACCUCAGGACACUUCAGAGAUACUCUCAUGAACUUGGCCCAGGGAAUCAGAGAAGAAGGAUAUACAGACCCUGCUAUGGCUGCCCAGGAUGCAAUGGUCCUGUGGGAAGCCUGUCAGCGAAAGACAGGGGAACACAAAACUACGCUGCAAAUGAUUCUAUGCAACAAGAGCUAUGAACAGCUGUGGCUGGUUUUCCAGGAAUUUCAAAAUAUUUCUGGGCAAGACAUAGUAGAUGCUAUUAAUGAAUGUUAUGAUGGAUAUUUCCAAGAGCUGCUGGUUGCAAUUGUUCUCUGUGUUCGAGACAAACCAGCUUAUUUUGCUUAUAGACUAUAUAGUUCAAUCCAUGAUUUUGGUUUCCAUAAUAAAACUGUAAUCAGGAUUCUAAUUGCCAGAAGUGAAAUAGACCUGAUGACCAUAAGGAAAAGAUACAAAGAGAGAUACGGAAAAUCCCUAUUUCAUGAUAUCAAAAAUUUUGCUUCAGGGCAUUAUGAGAAAGCUCUGCUUGCCAUCUGUGCUGGUGAUGCCGAAGACUACUAAAUCAAGAGAAGGAUUUGGAGGACUGUGCACUCCUCUUUAUAGACAUGUCAACAUAUAGAUUUUGUGUUAAAUUUGUAGUGUUGGUAGCCUUAUGACAAAACUAUAGAAUCAUAUUCUCUCUUCUAUCUUUAAAAUCAUUCUAAGCCAAAGAAAAAUCUAUUGAUAAAAGACUGGAUUUGCACUUAUUACUUAAAUCAGCAAUUAAUAAAAUUGUGUAUGAUGGAAUAAUAAAAAAAGAUUGCACUGAAAUAUGUUUUAUUUAAAUGUAAAUCAACAACUCCCCACAACAAGAGCUACUCAGGGCUGUCCUUAGCAUGCUUUCGAGACCACGUA